GCACUCAACUUUCUCACUCGCACACAUUUCUCUUUCUCAUCUGCACACACCACACCUAAUUAUAUUACACAUACAUGUCGAUGAUGAAGCUUCAAGCUUCUUGAAUGGCGGUGAUAGCAAGCUCUAAAAUGCUUCAAGCUUGUCCAAGACGUUAGAAUUUUGAGCAUUUGGUAGAAAAGUUUAGAACCUGGAAGAGAUUUCAUGAUUGUUUUUGCAGAUUUUUUUUUUCUGUACUAAGGAAGAGGUUUCUGGAGAGGAGGUGAUGAUUUCUUUGAGUAAUUCAUCUCUCUUCACAAUAUAUGAAAUGAAAUAAGCUGUAGAAUCUCAGGUUUGAAGUUACAUUAACUUUUAUUUUAUUAUACAGUUAAUUGUUUGUUGUAAUGCAAAGCCGCCAAGCUGAGAGUCUGAGACAGAAGACAGCAACUACUGCAUAAAUCUAGCAGUGAGAUUAUGGGGUUUGUGUUUUAGACAAUGUACCGCGCACAAGGUUUUGCUUGUGGUUUUAAUGGUUUUGUGCAAUGGGUUCUCUUCAAAUGUUGCUAGGAGCAGUGUUGAAGCAAGACCAAAAGUUGUGAACAUUGGGGCUCUUCUGUCUUUUGAUUCGUCCAUUGGCAAAGUGGCAAAACUUGCAAUAGAAGCUGCGGUGGAAGAUGUGAAUAAGAACCAGGCUGUUCUUGGUACAACUAAGCUGCAACUUACUAUGAGGGACGCAAAUUAUAAUGGAUAUAUGAGCAUGCUUGAGGCUUUAAGCUUGGUGCGGAGUGAGGUAGUGGCCAUGAUUGGCCCCCAGUUUUCUGUAACUGCUCAUGUCAUGUCCCAUAUUGCCAAUGCGCUUCAAGUGCCCCUAUUAUCAUUUGCAGCAACAGACCCCACGCUGUCUUCACUUCAGUACCCAUUCUUUGUUAGAACAACACAGAGUGACAUAUUCCAGAUGGCUGCAAUUGCAGAUAUUGUAGACUACUACGGAUGGAGGGCAGUAAUAGCAAUUUAUGUAGACGAUGAUCAUGGGAGGAAUGGAAUUACAGCAUUAGGAGACAAGCUUGCUGAGAGACGUUGCAAGAUCUCAUAUAAAGCUCCUUUCAGCCCCAAUGUGAACCAGCCCGAUGAGAUAUCAGAUGUAUUAUUCAAGGUCGCCUUAAUGGAGUCUAGGAUUAUUGUUCUUCAUGCUUACCCAGAUAACGGUCUGCAGGUUCUUAAACAGGCUCAGCAUCUGGGGAUGAUGAAAGCUGGGUACGUGUGGAUAGUUACUGAUUGGCUUUCUGCCAAAAUAGACACUUACUGUCCUCUCGCUACAGAAGCCAUGGAUGAUAUUCAAGGAGUUAUUGCGUUGCGAAUGCACGCGCCAGAUACACAUGAAAAACGCAAAUUUGUUUCUGGGCGGAGCAAUUUGACUGCCAGAAAGGCAGCUGGUGGCACUUUUGGGUUAAAUACUUACGGUCUAUAUGCUUAUGACACUGUCUGGCUGCUUGCUUAUGCAAUCGAUGCAUUUUUGAAUCAGAAAGGAAAACUUUCUUUUUCAUAUGAUCCAGGGUUAUCGGAACUACAGAGGAAGAACCUACAUGCGGAUGCUUUAAGAAUCUUUGAUGGAGGAAAUUUGUUGCUUCAGACCAUUUCACAGAUUAAUUUCACUGGUUUAACAGGCUCAAUCGUGUUCUCUGAUGAGAACCUCAUUCAUCCUGCAUAUGAAGUGAUCAAUGUUAUUGGCACAGGAUUUAGGAGAAUUGGUUAUUGGUCGAAUUAUACAGGAUUAUCAGUGGAACAUCCAGAAAAGCUUUAUACAAAGCCACCUAGUAAUUCAAGUUCAAGUCAACAACUGUACAGUGUCAUCUGGCCUGGACAAACGAUAGCAAAGCCUCGAGGUUGGGUUUUUGCUAGCAAUGGAAGGCGUUUGAGAAUUGGAGUCCCAAACCGAAUCUUUUAUCAUGAGUUUGUCUCAGUAGAAGGCACUAAUGUGUUCCGUGGCUAUUGCAUCGAUGUGUUUACUGCUGCCUUGAACUUAUUGUCUUAUGAUGUGCCAUAUGACUUUGUGGCAUUUGGGGACGGUCAUAGUAACCCAAAUACCACUGAGCUUCUGCAGCUGAUAUCAGUGGGUGAGUUUGAUGCCGCAGUAGGCGACAUUUCUAUCACGACUGAUCGAGUGAGGAUGGUGGAUUUCACUCAGCCAUACAUGGAGUCUGGCCUAGUUGUGGUUGCCCCAGUUAGGAAGUUAAACUCUAGUGCCUGGGCAUUCUUGAGGCCAUUCACUCCAGUGAUGUGGCUUGUGACUGCAGUUUUCUUCCUUGUUACCGGUGUGGUGGUAUGGAUUUUGGAGCACAGGAUCAAUGGUGAUUUCCGAGGUCCUCCCAGAAGACAAAUUGUAACUAUUCUUUGGUUUAGCUUUUCUACCUUGUUUUUUGCCCAUAAAGAAAAGACGCUGGCACCCUUGGUCGCCUGGUGCUAAUCAUCUGGCUCUUUGUAGUUCUUGUUCUCAAUUCAAGCUACAUUGCAAGUUUGACCUCAAUUCUCACAGUGGAACAACUCACUUCUUCUAUUAAAGGAAUUGAAAGUUUGGUAUCUAGCAAGGACCCUAUUGGCUACCAGCUAGCCCAAGUUAUGGCCAAAUGAAUAAAUACUGUUCAUUUGGUCGUUUUUGUACAGGUCAGACUGUAAAUUUCGGAUUUGGUCAAUUUGUUCACUUGGCUAUGGUCACUUUUUGAGCAUCAUUCUUAAAUGAAAAAUGUUCUAUUUUGUGUCUA